AUGAGAUUUGCAAGGCAAUAUCAUACAGCAUCUGUACUAACCAAUGGAACAGUCUUAGUUGCCGGUGGACUUCUUACUAAUGAGACUUUGAAUAGUGCAGAACUGUAUGAUCCAUUAACAGGAGUAUGGACAAAGACUGGCAACAUGAAUUUUGCACGAUACCGUCACACAGCAUCCAUACUAACUAGUGGAAAAGUCUUAGUUACCGGUGGAAUUAGUUCUAAUGGCUCCUGGAAUAGUGCAGAAUUGUACGAUCCAUCAACAGGCCUUUGGACAAACACUGGCAACAUGAGUGUUGAGCGAUACCAUCAUACAGCAUCAGUGCUAACCAAUGGAACAGUCUUAAUUGCUGGUGGAGUUAGUUCUAAUGACUACUGGGACAGUGCAGAAUUGUACGAUCCAUCAACAGGCCUUUGGACAAAUACCAGCAGCAUGUAUUUCGCGCGAUACUGUCACACAGCAUCAAUGCUAACCAAUGAAGCAAUUUUAGUUGCUGGUGGAAUCAACCGCAUGAGUACUAUUAAUAGUGCAGAACUGUACAAUUCAUCAACAGGCCUUUGGACAAAUACUGAUAGUAUGACUGUUGGGCGAUACUAUCAUACAGCAUCGUUGCUAGUCAAUGGAAAGGUUUUGGUUGCUGGUGGAACUGACACCGUUGGAUUUAUUAAUAGCGCAGAACUGUAUGAUCCAUCAACAAAAGUUUGGACAAAGACUGGCAAUAUGAGUUUCGCACGACACUUUCACACAGCAUCUAGGCUUCUUAAUGGAACAGUUUUAGUUGUUGGUGGAAUUUUUAUUAAUGAGACUUUGAAUAGUGCAGAACUGUAUGAUCCAUCGACAGGAGCUUGGACACAGACUGGCAACAUGAGUUUCGCACGAUACUGUCAUACAGCAUCGAUGCUAACCGAUGGAAAAGUUUUAGUUGUUGGUGGAACUGACGUCAUUGGAUUUAUUAAUAGUACAGAGCUGUACGACCCAUCAACAGAACUUUGGACAAAGACUGACAGCAUGAGUUUUGGGCAAUCUUUUCAUACAGCAUCGAUACUAAUCAGUGAAGAAGUUUUAGUUACUGAUGAAUCUAACUUAAACAGCACUCUGAUUAGUGAAGAGUUAUAUACAUCAUCAUAG